CUUGUUUAAAAGCUUAAACAACUUUUUGCGUGUGUGAAGUUUGACACAGAGAGAAUAUACUACUUAAGUGUAAUUGAGAAAGUGGGCAGUGGUUCCAGAAUGGUGUCAAAGUUGUUUUGUGUAUUGUUUGUGCUGUGCUGUUUGGAUUUUGCGUGUCACGUCUCAGCUUUGAAAGCGGGCGAGGGGGUGUGCACAGCGAAAUCAAGUGUUCGUAAAACUAGAACCAGAUACAUAACACAAGCAAAACAGUGUGGAAAGAAAAAAUGCGUUGCAAAAGUUCCGAAACGCGAAAUCUAUUGGGAGACGGUAAAACGAACAGUCUGUUGUAACGGCUGGGAAUACAAAAGCGACAAAGACAUAUGUAUACCACAUUGCAGUACAGGCUGCUUAGGAGGCCGGUGUACAGCCCCCAAUGUCUGCAAAUGUGACCCACCUUCGUACCUUGAUCCAGAACAUAGAAAUGCCUGCAUCAAACCAGUUUGUGAUCCUCCCUGCGUUAACGCAGAGUGUGUCGCUAAUAGCACAUGUAGUUGUAAGAAGAAUUUCACUCAAUUUAAUACAACUCAUUGUUUCCAUUGCGAACCUGGUUAUUCUUUAGACUCAAUAUUCCAAUGUAAACCUAUAUGUACGAAGAGUUGUGAAAAUGGAAAGUGCACUGCUCCAGAUGUCUGUACUUGCUUACCAGGUUUUUCGAAGCAAGGAAUAAGUCAAGACUGUAAACCUGUUUGUCAAAAAUGUGUGAAUGCAAGUUGUACAUCACCAAAUACUUGUUCCUGUUUGCAAGGAUACACGCAACUAAAUAGCACACAUUGUACCCCAAAAUGCGACGAUUGCGAUGGGGUGUGUGUUGGCCCAAACAAUUGCCAAUGUAAUGCUGGUUAUUUAAAAGUGAAUAAUUCCUGUUUGCCGAUAUGUAACGAGACUUGUGUGAAUGGUGUUUGUGCAGAGCCAAAUGUUUGCUCGUGUUUCGAUGGGUAUAUAAAGAAAGAAGGAAGCUCACACGAAUGUUAUAAGUCCUGCACCAUGAACUGUACAGGAAGCUGCAAUGCUCAAGGCGAAUGCGUGGAGAAAAACUGCUAUUUUACAGUACCUACCACCAAACUGAACAGAUAUCGGAUAAGAGAGAAACACCAAAAUUUAGUGGUAUACUGCUGUUCGGGUUGGUACUAUGACGUGAAAACUGUUGGUUGUAAACGCACCGUGGACAAUGCCUACACAGAAGCUGUAAUAUGUGAGGAUCCGUGUUUCAACGCUAAAUGCACACACAACAAUACGUGCGAGUGUGACACCGGGCACAGACGGAUCAACCAAACUCACUGUGCUUCAGAAUGUCCGGCUCAAUUCAUCAACGACCCUCACACACUGAACUGCACAUGCGAACCUGGUUAUAGCCAAGACCCAAACAACGAUGCAAAAUGUCUACCUAUAUGCGAGAAAAAUUGUGAAAAUGGAGUGUGUAUUGCACCGAAUAAAUGCGAAUGCAUUCCAGGAUACGAGGAAGUGGACAGCUGGAGAUGUAAGCCAAAGUGUUCGGAAUGUGAAAACGGUGAAUGCCAAUCACCAGAUGUGUGCAUAUGCAAUGAAGGAUAUAAUUUGAAUAAUAGAAGCAAGUGCACACCCAUAUGCCGCGAUGGAUGCAUCAACGGAAUUUGCUCAGCUCCCAACGAGUGUCAGUGUGAGGAUGGUUACAGAAACAAUUCGACGGUACCACACAUCUGUUAUAAACCCUGCAAUAGUGUUUGCAACUAUGGUACUUGUAAUGUUCACGGGGAAUGCAUUUGCGAAUUAGGGUUUGAACUCGACGGCGAUACUUGCAAGCCAAUUACACCGGAGGAAGUCAACGAGCCAACAGGACUUGCGUCUCCAACAACGUUGGCCGGUCUAGAACUUUCAUGGGUAUUGUCCGGAGUUUUGAUAAUUCUGCUGGUGGUGAUCCUAGUGGUGAUCAUGCAAAGAAUUUGGCAGAGGAGAAGGAACCUAGAACUUAAAGCCUCUGCAGAAUAUAAUGGACAACCCAGUGUAAUAUAUACUGUGCCUAACACACUAAUACGGCGUGUUAGUGAAAAUGACGAAAACGACAAUAUGGAGGAUGAAGACUCACAGGACUGUGACGCCACAUCCACAUACGAGAACGUGGAGGACGAGGCCGAAGUCCGGGAACGAUUGUUCAAAGUCGGUACGCAUUUGUAAUAAUGACAAUUCCCAUUUUGAUUGUGUAAUGUCAGUUUAGUUCAGUACAUAUUUGUAAUAAUGAUAAUCAGAUGUGCCUAAUUGGAUUUGUGUAUUGUAAAUUUAGCGCGGUAAACAUUUGUCAUAAUGACACUGUACCUAUUUCGAUCGUGUAAUGUCAGUUUAGCGCGGUACACAUUUGUCACAAUGACACUGUACCUAUUUCGAUCGUGUAAUGUCAGUUUAGCGCGAUACACAUUUGUCAUAAUGACACUGUACCUAUUUCGAUCGUGUAGUGUCAGUUUAGCGCGGUAUACAUUUGUCAUAAUGACACUGUACCUAUUUCGAUUGUGUAGUGCCAGUUUAGUCCGGUACAUAUUUGUAAUACUGAUAAUUCGAUGUGUCUUAUUGGAUUGUAUAAUGUCAGUUUUACUGACUGUCGAUAAGCGCCUGUAUAAAACGGCGAUAUUUUGUUAUUGUGAGAAUUUUGUUCCUUUUUCAAAUCCAAGAGAUCUUAUUUAAGAGGAGUAUUUUUCAAAAAAUAUGAGUAAGUGCUGAAAAAUUAUAAAAAAAAUUAGCUGACAGGCAAGAGUGAAUUUUUGUCACACAGUUUGAUAUGUACCUAACAAUUUAAUAAGCAAAAUUCUCUACUUAUCAAAAUAUUUUAUGCUUUAUAUGUUUGAUUACUCCACGGUCAAAAGUAGAUAAAUAAGUGUUGAGUGAAAUUAUAACUGUCAGUUACUAAAUUAAAAUAUAAAAAUAUUAUAAAUGUGGAUGUGUGUUUGUUUGUUACUUAUUGGCGCCAUAACAGCGCAACUAUUCUUCACAUUUAGUAUAUAUAUAAAAUUCGGAAUGAAGAAGCUGAUCGUAAUCAUGUAAUAAAAUAGAUGUUACACAUUUUACUAUAGUUAACGUAGACCCACCGAGUCUGAACUCGUUAGAUUAGUCUCGAUGUAGUUAGUUGAUGUGCCGAACAACCCCCUCGACAAGGUAGAAACAAAUCUAUUUAUAGUUAUUGCUCUGGCCAUUACUCACAUGCAUGGCCGUAGCUGGGGGGGGGGGGGCAUUGAAGGGCAAUGCCCUACCUUAAAAUAAAAGGCCCCAAGAAAAUUAGACAGAUUUGCCUUUUUGUAGUCAUUUAAUUAUGGCUUCUGCCCUACCUUAAACUUGAGUCUGGCUACAGCCCUGCUCACAUGUGAAAGAACAAGACAGCGCACAUUGCCAUUUCAUACUAUUUCUUAGACUUGCUAGCGAUAGCGAUUCUAUCAAUAGAUUCGUUAGUAUUUUGUCUACGGAGGCUGGAUACGCUGAUGGAUAUUGAAUGUUAUGAUGUAUAUAUAUAUAUAUAUAUAUAUAUAUAUAUAUAUAUAUAUAUAUAUAAUAAUUUUACUAAAAUUUAUAAAAUUAACACAAUAAACGACUGUUACGAGUAUGUAACAUUAAUUGAAAAUUUAAAAAAAAAAUGUAAGACAAAAUUACGUUAAAUAUUAAGUAACGUGCAGUUUCAGGGAGAUUUUAUUUUUUUAUUUUAUUUAUAUUGUUUACUCUGUCGUCAAUCGUCCGCGGCGGAGGAUCGGCGACUAAACAUUUGCUAAAUGUGGUGCUAGCCUUAAUGUAAGUUAAUUUAAGUAUGUCUUCAUAAUAUUGUUAAUAUAUUUUAAUUAUGUAUUAGUUAUAAUAAUGUAAAAUGUUACAUACUUGAUAUAAUACUUACAAUUUCCUCAAACGGCUAGUCAGAGAUGUGUAUGAAUCAUAUAAUAAAUGAUAUGCAAUUCAUAAAAACAUAUUUUGUACACAAUCUUGCAAAUUGUCAAUGUCAUUAAUCAUAAGAAGUGACACUCUUGUAAUGUAAGAAACAUUGCAAGGAUGUCACUUCUUACGGUAUAAGGUUGGUUUAAAUCCAUUUGCAUUUUUCCGACACACACGAAAAAGGAAGGGGUGGCCUAUUCUAUGCCGGGACAACACAUAUUCUAUGCACAUAACCUUGCAAAAUCUCAUAAGAAAUGACAUUCUUCCGACAUGUUACAUUGCAAGAAUGUCAUUUCUUACGGCAUAAGGUUGGCAUAAAUCCAUGUGUAUUUCGACCACGUAAUAUAAUACUCAUAUUAAUAAUUUUUUUUUAUUACCAUUUAGUAAUAAGCUUCUUGUCACUGUAUUAAAUACAAUUAUACGCUACAUGCAUUGUUAUAAUGAUUUUAAUUAAAAAGUUACAUGUAAAUUGAAAGUGACUAUAGUUAUGUCAAUUUUACAAAAAAUGACAAUGAGCUCGAGUUUGGAAAGAUGUUCUCUAAGUAUUAAUACCUUAAAUAAUUUUAUAACAGGAGAAAUUUUUAUUUUAAAAACUGAUUUGUAAUAAAUUUCUAAAAGAUUUAAGUCAUUGUAAAUUUAAUUCAUGAUAGUUCAUAAAAUAGUGCAUUUGUAAAAAUAUUAGAUUACAAUAAUUUUAGCGAUUGCUUCUAUAGAAGCGACCUCAACAUUUUACUUUUAAUUUUAUUUAUAAAUAAAUAUUUAAAUAAUAUAAAUAUUUAUGAAAAAAAUAUGUAUUUAUUUAUAUAUGUAUGUAGUCUUCGUUUAGAAAUUGAAUCAACAAUUUCUUCCUGAAUUAACAUUAAAGGAAAUUAACAAUCAUUGAUACUUUGUAUUUUGAGAAUGUAAGUACCUACAUAGGGUAAAUAUUAUGUUUGAUUAUUUUUUGUUAUUAUUAUUUUUUAAUAUCACAGUUAAUGUAUAUACAUAUAUAAUUAUUAACAAGAUAAAAUUUAGAAGGCCUUUCACUUCACGACGGUUUAAAAAAACAUAUAAUAAAGUAUAUAAUUGAAAAGAACUCAAAAUUCCUCAAUUAUUUGGUCUCAAAGGUACUUAAAUAUUGUGACUAAAUUUACUUUUUAAUAACUUAAACUGUUUAGUUUUUAUUUUUAUAUAUUUUUUUUUGUAUAACGUUUGUUUCAAAAUCAAUCAUAAAAUAAUGUAAGAUUUGUGAUAAAGACAAAAACGUUUUAAAAUAAUAAUAUUGAAUCUCUCUAAAUAUUUUUGAUAAAAAUCGGUCAAGUAUUUUUCUGUAUUAUUUAUUUAAUAUGCACCUAUUUUUAAUUAAAUAUAAGGUUAUUUUAAUUAUUUUGAAAAAAUAAAUGACUUUCAAACUAA